AUGACUUCACCUACACCCAUCGCUACACUUGUCUCAAAGAAACCAAAAAAAACCAAAACUACUGCAACUGUGGUUUUACCCAAGAAAAGAUUCGAUACUGUAAUAGACACGAGUAACGUGCUGGACGAGGAAACUAGGAGAAAACAAGAAGAAAACGCAAAGAAAACAGCCAACGAGGAGGCUGAAAACGAAAAACCAGAUAUAAAUUCAAAGCCAGACAUCUUUCAAACAUCACCCUUUUUAAAAGAUGAUAAAAUCAUUAUUGUAAAGUAUCCUAAAAAGAAUACAGAAAAAGAAAAUGAUGCAUAUAACGAAACCCUAGAUGCUUUGAAUGGAACAAGGCAAGAGAUAAAUGCUCAGGAGGAUGUGACGCAAGCUGCUAUAGAAGCGUUAGAAAAAAUGUUUGGGAAAGCUCCGGAACAAAAAUUACGUGGUUCGAAUUAUGGAAGAUUAGCACAAGAUUUUACAUUCCCACCAAAACAACAAUCUUCCACGACCGAAACUUCAAAUAUUUCAAACACAGAAAGUAAUUCCAGAAUGACUUCAGAAACUAAAGAAGAAAUUGAUAAAAAAGAAAAAGCACGUCGAAGAAAAAGUAAUCUUAAUGCACUGGCACCUGAAUUUACGCCAACAUCUUUUUCUGGUAACGCCUCUUCUGAAGCUAAUAAAUUGACAAAUCACGAAAUUAAUGGAGACACUGAACAUAAAAAGAAGAGACGACCAAGUACACAAAUAUUCACGGAAAAUCCGCACCUCGAUAGCGUUUCAUACGGAAAUUACGUACACGGUCCUCCGACGCCGUACCCGGUACCUUUUGCUUCCCAAGCUUCUAAUUGGGAUGAAUUUCAAGUGAAACUAACUACUGAGGUAGUUGGUAAGGUUGAAAUGGAAGUCCAAAAACAUCUGGAAGUUAUUACAAAUGAACUUAAAAUGAAAAUAGUAGAACAAAAGUCCGACAGUUUAGGAGGUUCUUCAAGUAACGGAAAGAAAAAGGAUGAUAAAAAGGAGGAGGCCGAAAGAAAGAAAGAUGAAGCUCGAUUACAAAAAUUGCACGAUUCACUCCUUCAAGAAUUACAAAAUCAUCAUCAAGAUAUACGUUCUACACAUGAUGAAUUAAUAUUGCGACAUGAGGAAAUGCAAACAAGACAUCUUGAGCUUCAAGCAGCUCUUAAAAGUAGUCUUCAAAAAAGUCAUGAAGAAGUUCAACAAACAACCUCCAUCCAAAGUCGUCACGCAGAGCUUCAAAAUAUGCACCAAAAUUUACAAGCCAAUCAAAAUGAACUCAACAAAGAGCUUGCUAAUAAUGAAAUUUUACAGAACCGUCUUCAAGAAUUGUUAACUGAACAUAGAAAGAUUCAGGAGCGUCAACAAAAGCUUCAAGAUGAAACAACACUUUCUCAGAAUCUCAUGCGUCGUAUAAGUGAACUUGAAUCUGAACUAAAUGAAUUACGUGCAAAAAAUUCACAAUUAAGUAAUGAAAAUUCUAAAUAUUAUGAAGAAAACCAUACCUUCAAGUCGAAAAUUAACGAAAUGAAGAAUCGUGAUUUACAAAAAGAUAACAAAGUUUCUGAACUUCAAAACCGUGCUUCAAGUUUCGAGAAUGACUUAAAAACGCUCGAAGAUGAGAACAGAAAACUACGAGAACAGCUGAUAAAAAUCGAAGGCCAAAUGCGUGAUUUGCAGAAUGGCAAUCAAAAGCUUUAUGAAGAAAGCAAUUCCCUACAUCAUAAAUUACGUGUGAGUGAAGUGGGACUUGGAGAAAGGGAUCUUAAAAUUCGAGACUUUGAACGUGAUAUUGAACGUAAAACCUCAGACUUUAAAAGCUUAGAAAAUAGUUUACGAGUUCAGUUACAAGAUUUCGAAAGAGAGGUGAAUGAACUUCAAGCAAGCAAUCGUAAUUUGAAAGAUAAACAAAUUGAAUAUGAGAAAGAGAUAAAUCAACUCCGUACACAAAAUCAAGAACUUAGAAGUAAAGAAUCAGUCCAAGCUAAAUCCAAAAUGGAAAAUUUAGUUAGAGAGAUUGAACAAUUUAAAUCAAGGAAUAAUGAGCUUGAAGAAAUCAACAAGGAUUAUAAUGCCGAACGUGAGAAAAAUCAAAGAGAAAUUCUUGCUCUUCGUACUAAUAUUCAAACAAUGGAGGGUAAACUGACGGACGCUGAAAAAGUACGGAUUCGGAAUCAACAUCUUGAGGCAGAAACGGCAGAGUUUGUUAAGAUGCGUAAUAAAAUUAAAGAGAUGACCAAACGAAUAGAAGAAUUUGAACAACACAUGGUGGAAUUAGAGCAACUUAGAAAACGCGCAAAAGAAUUUGAUAGUCAAGCAGAUGAACUUCGGGAAAUUCAAGCAGUAGUGAAGGAAUUAGACACAACAAAACAACAAGAAAGUGUAGCCAAAACUUCCGAAAUUGAAAAAUUACGAAAACUUAAUGAUGAUUUGCGUCAAGAAAAUGUUACAAAUAGGGAAAUAGGGAUUAAGCUUAAUAAAGAAUUAGAUGAAACUAAAAGAGGAAUGCAGCAAAUUUAUGAAUCAAAUAAUCGACUGCAGAUUAAUUAUACAGAAUUAAGUAAUCGCUUACGAGACAUUGAGACGGAAAAGAAUAAAUUAAUUAAUGAAAAUAAUAGAUUACAAAAUAGUACAAUGGUUGCAAAUAAUAAACUUAUAUCACCUUUAAAUACACCCAGAAUGAAUGGUAUUAAUACAGAAUUCGAUGAACGACAUAUAACGAGAACAUUUAACGCACAAAAUUUCGAUCAAAUUAAUCACAUAAAAUCACCUAUCGAAUAUCAUUCUCAUCAGCAAUUUAAUCCCUCAUCAUCAGCACUUAAUUUCCAAAGUACACAAUCGAUACCAAACACAAUAUUGAACACAACAAUCCCUAAUCAAUUACAUUCUAUUAAUAAUAAUGUUCAACAUGGUGCACAAAUACAAUUACAACAUACAUCUCAUCUUCCAGUUUUAAUUCCGGCUCCACAGCCACAAUCACAACCACAAAUACAACAAUCACAGAUACAAUUACAGAAUUCUCAGCAACAAUUAUCCACAUCAGAAUUACAGAUUCAUUCUCAAAUACAACCAAUGCAAUCACAGAUACCUCAACAACAUUCUCAAAAAAAUCCUCAACAACAUCCUCAACAACAAAUACAAUCACAAUCGAUGCCAAUGCAAAGUCCAAUUUCAACUUCACAUCUUACUGUUGUUAAUUUACCUCAUAAUACAACACAACAAAAACAAAAUAAUCAAAAUAAUCAACAAUCACCGAAAGUUCAGAAAUCACAAAAUCAUGGACAAACAAAACAUCAAUCGCAGCAAAAUUCGAAACAAGAAAAAGGACACAGUCGUCAAAAUUCAUAUAAUAAAAAUUUCAAACAAACCAAUAAAAACAGGAAAAAGACUCAAAAGAAUAAUAAUUCUGAUAAUCGUAAUCAGAAUAAGUCAGUAGAUAUAACUAAAGACAUUAGUGAACAAUAA